CAUCUUCCUCUGUCUCCCUGGUCUCUGGCUGGGGUAUUUCGUCAAGCAGGUUGCAGCAGGCAAGAUAAGCUCCGGGGGAUGCACAAUUUGGCAACCACUCCGGCUCUUGCCUUUUGUCAAGCAGGUUGUAGGCGAGAUGAGCGCCGGCGGAUGCACAGUUUGGCGGCCUCGCCGGCUGUUUGCCGCACUACGGCGGCGCGGCGCUGCCGUCGACCCGCCGUGAAAGUGCGGCAGGGAGGCGGGGCAGAGGCAAGGGGGAAGCAAGGGGCCGGCCGGCGCGCCGCAUGCGGCCAUUGUGCCGCCAUGUCGUUGCUGUCCGACCCGCUCGCGCCGUGAUAGCUCGCGGAAGGCAUCCGCACCAGAGACUUCCGAGCGCGGGGACCAUGCUCAUCAACAAAUACCUCAGGAGCAAGAGCCCGGCGGGCGGAGGCAGAGACAAGAUGACGCCAACGUCCGACUGGGCCAGCUGCGACCGCGAUCCCUAUCUGUGCCUGCCCAGCUGCAUGCCGGUGCGUGCCAAGCGGGGACCGCGCCGACACCAUCCGGGAAGAGGAGUACCAGAACCUCCCUGCCAUCCACGUCGCCGUCGGCGUUGGCGUCGUCCGUUGCGUGGCAGCCGCCCUUCUUCAGCAUCGCGUACAAGUCCAUGAGCUUGCGGACGCAGGUGCAAUGCGGGGACGCCGUGGCGGCCAUCGGCGCGAUCGUGAUGAGACGCAUCAUGUGUCCCUCAAAACACUUGAGGACAUGGUGUACUGGUGUGCAGCCGCUAAAGCUAAAAUCACCCGCAACCUGCUCGAUAAAAUGCCUAGCCAGGGACCAUGAGAAGAGAGAGGAAGAUGGAGAAGGGAUGAGAAAAGGAUGUCUAGUCAGUUGGACACGUCAGCGCUAGAUAUCUACGUGGACGCAUCAAUAGGCAUGGAAAGGGGUUCUGCUGCAGAGUACAGUGAGGUAAAGGCUGUGAUAGGCAGCAACGAGGAGAAAAAAGGCCAGAGGAGCAAGAAAGACAAGGGGCAGAGAAAGAGGAAGAAAGACAAGGCCAAGGGUCAUGGAGGCGAUGGCGAUAGAUCAAUUGAAUCUGAUGACAAGAAUCAUAGUGUUGAGAUGGAGCAUGCUGAAGUGUCAGCCAAGAUGGCUGAAAAACCGUGCUCGGAGCAUGCAGAGGUCAUUAUGAGCAAAAGGGAUGCGAAGAAAGACAGGAAGAAAAAGAAGAGAAAUAAGGAGGUUGAUACUAUCAGCCAGAAGCAGAUACCUGAUGCUAAUGAUGGAAGUGUUGGGUCAGAGUAUGUAGAAAUGAACAAAGGAGGAGAACAUGAUAGUACAUCAAAGAAGGGCAAACGGAAGCACCGGGAUGGUGAGACAUCUUGUGAUCAAAUUGUUUCAGGGGGUGAUAAGAAGAGGAAACGGAAGGAACCUUCAGUUACCUUGGAAGAGGGCAAUGAUGUUUAUGUGUCAAAGAUGGGGCAAAACACAGAGGGCAAGAAAAAGAGGAGAAAGGAGAGAGAUAAUAUUGCUGUAGACCUAAGUCAGAAUACACCAGCUGGAGAUGGCAAGAAUUGCAACGAAGAGAAAAAAACGAGUAAGGAUGACAAUGAUGGUGGCAAAAGCAGAAAAGUUAACAUGGCACGUCGAAAGGACAAGGGUAAACGAGUGAGCUUCACUGAUGAUGUGGAGGUGUUUAAUAUAGAUGGUGGUUGUGCUGAUGAAGAGGGUGAUGGGAGUGGUGAUUCUGGACUGGUGCAUGGCAAACGGUUUACCCCUGAGGAAGAUGCGAAACUAAUGAAAGCCAUCGAAAAAUAUGCAGAGAUGAAGCAAUUGGGAGAGAAAGGGUUAGAGAUGAUUUGGGCUAGCAUGAAAUAUCCAGAGCUCAGGGGUUGUUGGGCUGAAAUAGCAACAUCAUUACCUCAUCGACCACAAAUGGCCGUAUACAAACGAGCACGAAUUUUACUUUAUAGGAGUGCCGAACGUAAAUGGACUCAAGAGGAGUACGAGAUAGUUCGACGGUUCGUUGAAAAGAAUGGCACAACUUGGAAGGAACUAGCAACAGACCUUGGAAAGAGUGAAAUCCAUGUAAAAGAUACUUGGAGACGAAUGAAACCCAAAAAUUUAAAAAAAGGGUCUUGGACUCAGGAUGAAUACCAAAACUUGUUUGAUCUGGUAAAUUUGGACUUGCGUGUGAAAGCUCACCAAAAGAUCGCUCCUAGUCAUCGCCAGCUGAGAGAUAACAUUUCCUGGGAGGCCAUCAGUGAAAAAUUAACCACCCGUAGUAACAAGGACUGCUGCUUGAAGUGGUACCAGCAAUUAGCAUCGCCACUGGUUAAAGAAGGAAUCUGGGCAGAUACUGAUGAUUAUCUGUUGAUGGAAGCGCUUCAAAAGGUUGAUGCUGUUUGUGUUGAAGAUGUUGACUGGGAGAGACUUCUUGAUCACAGAUCUGGGGAGCUUUGCCGUCAGCGGUGGAACCAGAUGGUCCGCAUGAUCGGUGGCCACAGAGAGAAGCCUUUUAUCGAGCAAGUGGAAGUGCUUGCGAGGCGGUACUGCCCAGAAAUGCUUGAUUACAGGAAAGCUGAAUCGGCUGAUUUAUCGCCAGACGAACUUACUGGAGGAACUGACUAGUGACAAAUAGCAUAACCCUCUUGCAUUUCACCUGCCAGCAUGUGUUUGUGCCCUGUAAAAUGUUUGGCUUUUGUUGUGGCAUCUGCGGAAAUAUUAGCAAUAUAUUGUUCGAGCUUCAGCUCAGAAUGCAAAGAUGUCACAUUUUGACCAGAAGAAACUGUAUUGUUUAGGGAUAUAACUGGCUUUAGCUCUUGUAUCAGAAUAUUGUUGUUGCUCCACUGAAUGCUAUUCUAGACUUGUGCUUAAGUUCUGGAU